CCAUUGCUUGAUGGAAUUGCUGCCAAAAAAAGCGCAUCAAACCCAAACUAGAAAUCUUCUUCUUUAUCCAAUCUAGCCUAGGGUUGCUUUGUUUGUGAUCAGCUAUAACCUCCAAGCAAUGAACCCCAUCAGGCUGUUAACAUCGUCAGAGCUUUGUCUUUGCACUUGUUUUUUACUGGUGUUAAUUUAUAGAGGCUGGUCACAACUUUUCUAUGAUUGGACUGUUUCUUACUCUCAACUCGCCCCUCUUGGCGUUGAUAAACAGGUGAUUGUGAUCAAUGGUAUGUUCCCAGGGCCAGUGUUGUAUGCAUCAACAAAUGACGUUGUGAAUGUUAAUAUUCAUAAUAACUUGACAGAGCCCUUUCUCAUGACAUGGAAUGGGGUUCAAAUGAGAAAAAAUUCAUGGCAAGAUGGUGUGCAAGAGACGAAUUGCCCUAUACUGCCAGGGCAAAACUGGACGUACAGCUUUCAGCUUAAGGAUCAGAUAGGAAGUUUCUUUUAUUUUCCUUCACUUCUCCUACACAAAGCUGCUGGUGGGUAUGGUGCCAUUCAUUUGAAUAAUCUCCCUAUCAUUCCCAUUCCAUUCCCACAACCAUACAAAGACUAUGCAGUGCUGAUUGGUGAUUGGUUCAAUGCCGACUAUAGGGACCUGAGAGCAUCACUGGAAAAUGGUGUCUUUUUGCCCCAUCCUGAUGGGAUUCUCAUCAAUGGACUAGGGCCUAAUCAAGCAAGAUUUGAGUUCGAACCAAGUGCCACAUACAUGCUAAGAAUUUCAAAUGUAGGCUUGAAGACAUCCUUGAAUUUCAGAAUCGAGGACCAUCCGAUGUUGUUGGUGGAAACUGAAGGUUCUUACUUGAUUCAGCAAUACUAUGAUAGCCUGGACAUCCAUGUUGGGCAGUCUUACUCUGUAUUGGUAACAGCAAAGAACCAGGCCAAUGGCAAGUCUUACUACAUGGUUGCAAGUUCUCGCUUUACUAUUCUCGAACAUUCCGGCAUCGGUGUCAUUCAUUAUCCAGAUGCUGCUGGAGACCCUGUCGGUCCUCUUCCUUUAGGACCAGGCCUGUCCAAUUACAAUUUCUCGAUCGAGCAGGCUCGUUCCAUGAGGUGGGAUUUAAUAGCAUCAGCCGCUAGGCCAAAUCCACAAGGCUCGUAUCACUAUGGCACCAUCCCUAUCACUCGAACGCUUAUCCUUGAAAAUAAUGUGAUGGUCAUUGGAUCGAAACGAAGAUUUACGAUAAAUGGAAUAUCGUUUAUGCAUUCUGAUACACCAUUAAAGCUACUAGACUACUUCCAGCUCAAUGAAGAAUCCAAGUAUGCUGCUGCUGCUGCCCUUCCAUCUUCAGCCACUUCCGUUGUCGAUGCCUUUUACCGUGACUUCUUCCAUAUUGUGUUCCAGAAUCCUUUGCUAGAAGUGCAAUCGUGGCACAUUGAUGGCUACAACUUUUUUGUCGUUGGAAUGGGAUGGGGCUUGUGGGAUGAAAGCAAGAAAGCAGGAUAUAACAUUGUUGAUGCUGUUUCUCGAUCAACAGUUCAGGUUUAUCCGUUGUCAUGGACAGCGAUAUUGAUGGAAUUGGACAACCUAGGGACGUGGAAUCUGAGGUCUCAGAAUGCAGAGAACUGGUAUCUAGGGCAAGAGCUUUACAUAAGAGUUAAAGGUGUUUGGAAUUGGUUGGAUGAGCAAUCAGACAUUUCUGCAAGGGAUGAAGCUCCCAUCCCUGAUAAUGUCAUCAAAUGUGGAAGAGCUGCUGACCUAUGAAGUUUUCUGGAAUUCAGUAGUUUAUAUUGGUUCAAUAUCAUAAUUGUACAAAUAGUCCCUGUACUUUUAGCUUUCUGCAACAUCGGUCCUCCAUUAUUAUUUGCU